AUGGCGACCAACGGGGGGAAGAAGAUAGUGCCGGAAGACCUGGAGAGUGAUAAUCGCGAUGUUGCCGACUUGUGGAAGCAAGCACUCAAGCAGUACAAAGGCAUCGUGGGCUUCGACUUGCAGCCCAAGUUUAACAAUGUUCAGGCCAUGAUAGACUUUGGCACGAGCGAAAUGAAUUCUUUUCACAAAUUUCGACACAAUAGCAAAAAAGUGGACAAGCUCCGCAGCCUUUUUGCUGCCAACAUCGAUUACAUUGAGAAAGGCGCCCAGCAGCUCAUCAGCGCUGCUGUUCCUGCAUUUCCUCCAGCUGCUGCUAUUGGCACGGCUAUUACAUAUCUUCUUUCAGCCUGCAAACAAGUUUCAGCUGACUAUGAUGUCGUCGUUGUCUUCUUUGACGAUAUGAAUAGCUUUUUAGAGCGCGUCGUCAUAUUGGAGACUCGCCUUCCAUCACAUAAGGCCUAUCAGAAUUGUCUCAUGGACGUCUUUACGUCCUUCUUGACGUUGACAGGCUAUGCGCACAAGUAUAUAGAGCUUGGCCGUUUUAAGAAAUGGAUCACCAAUUUAAUUGGAGGAGAAGAUAGCGAUUUGGGUGGUGCCCGGAAGAAGAUGGACAAGGAUCUGACGAGGCUGCAGAAUGCGACAGAGUUUGCGAUCCUAGGCAACAGUGAAGAGCUUAAGAAAAUGAAUACAGAGCUCCAGAACAACCAGGAGGCACACACCAGAAUGCUCGAGGAGCAGAAGGAGAUGAUGUUCUCAAUUAGUCAAGAUACUGGGAGCAUUCGCAGCGAUGUCGCCAAGCUGCUCAAGGCCUUUACGGAACAGAACGCAAAGCAUGAUCACAAAGGAAAGCCAUCGACUCAGGAUGCAGGAAAGCCAGCAUCCGCCAAUAGAGUACGAAACAGAAUGCCGGAUGUUGAGGGAGAUGGCCAUGAAUACGCAAUCCUGAAAGAGACUCUGAUCCCAGACACUUGUACCUGGGUCUUUUCUCAACAAGAGUGGGAAGACUGGGUGAAACAAGACGAAGAUGUCAGUGUGCUGAAGCCAGUUCUUGCUUUAGCAGGACUACCAGGCACCGGUAAGAGCCAUCUAGCUGCGGCGGUGCACGACAAGCUCUACAGCUUGGCAAAGGAGGACUCAAGUCAGCGCACCUGUGUCGCACAUUUUUACUUCCGAGAGCAGCGCAAAGACUUGGGCCUCUUCAGAAGCGGACUGAUUACCACUAUCAACCAGAUAGUUGAGCAGAGUGUGCCGCUCUGUGAGAGGAUCAACGCAGAGAUGGUCCGCGACGAGGUUUUCUAUAAUGUCUUUGAGUGGAGAGACUUACUCCUCAAGAUUCUAGGCCCUUCGUUCAGCAAUGACUCCCCGAACCGUCUUUUUGUCCUUUUUGAUGGCCUGGAUGAAUUGAUUGACUUCCCUCAAUUCCUUGAAUUUGUCAAGCUUGUCAGGCAGGAGAAGUUCAGAAUAUCGAUUGUCGUCACCUCUCGCCCCGACCUGUUGCAGAAAUUGUCCGAGCAGGCAGAAGUCAGCACCAUCGAAGUCACAAAGGAGAAACAAUUGCAGGACUUCAAGACGCUCGCAUGGCAUCGAAUUAACGAUCUGAACUACCUCAAGAAGUUUACACGUUACGUCCAACAGAGAAUUGCAGAAAAGGUGGAAGAGGCAUCACCUAACUUGUUAUAUGCUGAGCACACUCUAGAGCGACUCAAUGCUCUCGGCCGUGAAGGUGCAGCUCUUCAGGUGCUAGCGCAACCAAUGCCAGAGAACUUGCAUGGCGUAUACGAGAUCAUGUUGGACGAAUGCCAACGUCGAAUGCCUGCUGACCGUCAACAAAUUGCGGCCAAGCUGCUCCAUUGGAUUGCUUUCUCAUAUCGCGUCCUGACUCUCGAUGAAGUAACGUCGCUGCUGGUCUAUCUAUCUAAAGAUGACAGCUUUACACUCGAGGAAAUUCCUGAAGUUGCAUCCAAGUUUCUCCAGAUUGGAGACCCCGCCUUUGAGGCUCAAACACGAGAAAUAGCUCAUAGAGAUACUUCUACUGGUUCUAUCGAGGACCUCGAAAAGGCGGAAACAGCAUCCGAUAACCAAGAUGAUGUCUAUAAUGAUGGCGCUUUACCUGUCAAGUUCAAAGAGAGGUCAAUGCGUGCAUUCUUUAGGGAUGCAUCCGAUGUGGACUCUAAAUGGCAUUUGAAAGCAUCAGAAGCGCAUCGCCAGAUAUUUUUGGCCGGUGUUGACCUAGUCAAGCCGGAACCUCUGGGGCCAGGCCACCCGAUUAAAGAAGGUCUACGGCUAUAUGCUGCCUAUCGCCUCCUCUCGCAUUUCGUCGAGCUCAAUUUGGAGGAGCACACGCCUCAAGAGAAAGCCGAGGUUAUGGAAGGGCUUGCCAUGGCGUUAUCACACACCGACUUUGCAGACACACUCAGUCGCACGGGAAUGACAUAUAACAGGGGCAUCAAGAGUCUUGUAAACGACAGAGUUGCUCUCUGGGCCGAAUCCCUCAAAAUUCCAGAAAUUACGUCUCUCUUGAGCCCUGAUGCAGCCGCAUGGUGGGCAGAUGUUGCCAUAGAUUCCCGAAGAUGCAGAUAUGGGAUGGUUAGGGGGUACGUUAGCCGCAUCUAUACUGCGGCGAACCUUGAAGAAGUAUUAAGUGCAUAUAAGCUUCUCUAUGGACUUUUGGGCGUUUCUGGACUUGAUGAGCUCCUGGUUGACAAAGCUAAAGCCAACUUCCCAGACGAGGCUUCGGCACCAGCACCGUCAAGCAAUGAUCCACCCACUGACGAUAGCGGAAAUGCUGCGAAUCAAGCCACGGGAGAAUUAGGGGAAGAAAAGAGCUCACUGGGCUUGCCAGGAAUCUUCAGUGAUCUCGAGAUGGACGGAACGGCUUACCGAGCUGUGGGAGAGCUAUUCUUCCAUUAUAGCCAUUACAAAGCAGCUGAUUUGAUGUGCAAAAAGGCAUAUGAUAUCUGUCAUUCCGGAGACGAUAAUGUGGAAAAGUUCAAGAUAUCAAUCCUGCACUCCAAGGUCCUGUUGAAGCUACACGAAAAAGACAAGGCUUUCGAAACUAUUUUGGAGCGUGUCAAGGACAUUGAAACGGUCGAUGUCCCUACGGCCUUGAAGCGCGCAGCUCUCUUAGCAAAGGCUGAAGUUGAGACAAAGCUGAAGAUGCGGCAAGCCGCAGCCGAAUCUUACACCAAGGCAAAGUCGAUCGAUCCAACUGGAAUGACUACGGGAGAUGCUCUUGUGAAAGAAAUUGAGCUUUUCGAGAAGGUUGAUGAUUACGCUGGGUAUUUUCGAACACUGAAAAGUUGGAGCCCUAUUGAUAGGCUAACUUGGAUGGCGUGGAACUAUUGCUAUGAUGGCCGUGAGCGACACGACACGCUUCGCUCUCUUGCAAUCAAGGAGGGCGAAGCAGAGUUUCUCAUCGAAAUCUAUAAGAACGCAAUCCAGUUUCUUGAUCGGCUCAACUCUGGCGCCCCAUUGCGUCUUGAGUUGGCAGUGACGUACUUUAGGGCAGCAGGGGAUCUUGAGAAUGCUCGCAAAUAUUUGGACGACAUAUUCAACACUACAUCCGGCGGAUACCCGUAUUCUAUUACAGACGAGCAACCUCAAACAAUGCUCCAAAGGGCUGUUGACGUUAUGUCAGACGUUCUGUACGAAAUUUUCCGCAGCUCUCGCGAUCCCAAAGUCAAGCUAGAGGCUCUUGAGGCACUCAAAGGUCUAAUGGAUAGGCCACUCUCUUUAUCUGUACCGAUCUAUACAGCUCUAGACCUUGUACAUCGUCGCAUCGUUAUUGCGUCAAUGUGCCUGAAAAUGGGUCAAGGUAGCGAGUUCCAGGAGCGACUCCAGAGCGUUUUCAAUGACUGCUUCGCCGGCCUGAGCGAUAAAGUCUCUUGGAACGAUGGGCAAAAUUUGGAAAAGCUGGGCCAUGCACUUAUGAUACUGAGCAAAGCCGUUCCGGACGGGCAGGAUAUCCAGCGAUAUGCGCGAAUUGUGAUAUCAGCCAUGUUUUCCAAAAUCACGACCGCUUCAGAGGAGGAAGACGGGUUGAGCUCCGAAUCGGAUGAAUCCGGUGAUGAAGAAAGUGACAGCAGCGAUGAUGAAGAUGAUACACCGCCCGAAGGAGUGGAUGAAGGAGACCUGGGCAACCCCGACAUUGUUGUAUACAGCUGCGACGGAGGCAUCUGCACUCCCACAGCUGGGUACGCCUGGUGGGGAGAUUCUGUGGUCCAUUACUGUGCCGAAUGCUCCACCACAUUGGUUUGUGAAAUCUGCUACAACGCGAGACACACUCCCGAGAAGGUUGGAUCGCCAAAUGUGAUGCAUUUUUGCGACAAGAGGCAUAAUUACAUCAAGUUGCCUGUGGAGGGCUGGCGAGGCAUCAAGGAUGGCGUUAUGAGGGUGGAUGGGGAGGAGCCAGUGAAGUUUGAGAGCUUUCUGAACCGCUUACAGAAUGAGAUUUGCAAGGAUGCUUGGGAUCGGUUCUGGACCGGCGCCUGA